UGAGGGGUAUGAAGGAAAAUAUCAUCUUAACCCGAGGUUAUCCGUUGGAAUUAAACACCAGCCAAUCUGGUAAUGCACGGAGCUUUUGUCACUGACAUGUGGGCCCAAAUGUCAGUGAUAGAGGAUCCUGAUCCCCAAUCUCCUCCCCUGCAGGCCGCCGCGCCGGAGAGCGGAGACCGUCAACAUCCUUCUCCCUCCUCGAGGUCUCGCGGCGGCGUUAGCUUCAGCCUCGGAUUCAAGAGGACAUGGAGGCGGCGGGCGGGCAGCUGGAAGCGGCGCUGCUCCACAUCAUGCAACGCCACCACCACCAAUCCCUCCAUCAGCGCAACAAAACCGAGAGAGUAAAGGUGGAUGCUGUGAAGAGCGCGGCGCGGGUUGCAGAUCUUCUCGUGGCCACGGUUGACGGUGGAGUGCAGGAGCUCUACAUCAACGAGAGGCGCAUAGAGUUUGAAGCCCGCGCGCUGCUUGCUACAAUCGCGCGGUUCAAGAAGCAGACUGACCAGUGGCUUGCUGCCACCAACGCAAUCAACUCUGUCUUGAAGGAAAUUGGAGAUUUUGAGAACUGGAUGAAGAUCAUGGAUUUCGACUGUAAAAGUAUAAAUGCAGCUAUCCGUAACAUUCACCAAUCCUGACUCUGCUUUCGACUAUGGUGUUAGGAAUAUUUUAUCCUGUUCCUACUCAGCUAGCACCUUUUUUUUCAUUUGAGUUGUCAACUCUGUUGUAUAGGACUGGUUUGCUCUACACAAUGGAUAAACAAAACCUUCCCAAUCGUUUUAGUGGGAAACCUCCUGUGGGAAACAAUAUAUUUUGUUGAAAAUAUUUGUCUACCUCAGAAAAUAAAUAUUGGUUCUAAGGAGAAAUCUCGAUCUACUAUAUGACAAAUUGUAUACUCUUGACUA